AUGGAAAACCCUUCACUCUCAAAUUUUCGAUACAAUGGAAUUUUACCUGACGACAAAAGUGAAAACGGCAGCAACUCAUCGCGGGAUUUAUCCAAUAUACAGCUACCCACCCAAAAAAACUCAAACAGUCUUAUAGAGAAAAUUGAAAAAGAAGAAACUCGGCUUAUGAAAGUUGGCUUUAUAAAGCUAAAACCUAGAUUUUCGACCCAUAUCCUAAAAUCAAAUCUCAAAGCAAAAAUCGUAAAAAAUUAUUUCACUCCCCCCCCCCUCCGUGAGCGAACAAAACCAUUAGAAAAAUCGCCAUUUUUUGACCAAAAACCCACCCUCCGUGAGUGAACAAAAAUUUUUUUAAUAGAAAAAAUUUUAAUGGAAAAAAAUUUUGAUAUAUAAGUGAUAAUUAGUAUAAUGAAAUCUAGAGCUAAUUUCUGUUUAAUUUUAAACAAAUUGCGUUUUAAAACAUAAAUUUUGCAAAUUAAAUUAAUAUUUGCUUCCCAAUUUUUGCAAAUUAGGAUUUUUUUUAAAUUUCGAAAAAAAUAUUUUUUUAUAAAAUUUAUAUAUAAAUUUUUUUUAAAAAAAAAAAUUAACCCCCCUCCGUGAGCGAACAAAAAUUUUUUUGUUCGCUCACGGAGGGGGGGGGGGGGAGUCAGAAAAAAAUCAAAAAAAUUCCUUUUUGCAAUUUGGAUAUUAUGUUUUACAAUAUUUGCCGAAAAUAUUACCAAAGUGAGCGCGAAAGCGAAUUGACCUUAUCGGCAAUAGAACUUUACCAUCCUCUUUACAGGCUAAAAAAGAAACUACCAAAUCUUUCGCCUAAGGACUCUUUUCAAGUACACCAAGUUUCACAAAAUAUCAAUAAUUACUAUCACCAAAUCAAGCUUGAAUACCACAUAAUAAAAAAUCUAGUCGAAUUAUUGUCGCAAUUAGCAAUAAAAUGAAAAAUUUCGAAAUGCAAUAAAAUUUUGUAUAGAUUUUCAUCGAGAAAUGGACACAUGAAAAUAUUAUUUUUAAAUAAAUAUGGGAUAAUUUUUUUUUUUAAAAAAAUAAUAAUUUGCCUUCUUAUAGGUUAUUGGUUGCCGAUAUAUUAGAUUUAGAAGAAUUAACACGGGAUUUAUUUACUGUUGAAUCUUUAUGACUUAGCAUCGAAGUAGAAAACUUUCCUAAAGGCCUCGGAAUAUCAGAAGAAACUAUCCAAUUUGCUCAAAUCUACAGGCAGUCUGCCGCUAUAGUAUUAAAAUACUUAAUUAGCCUGAACAACCGCGAUUUCAGUGAAUUUAACUCAUCAGAAAAUCUGAUUGAAAAGAAAAAGGAGCUUAAACGAGAAAUUUACCACAGUUUUGAGCCUCCUGGUAGCAUAUUUAAAUGCUUCCGAGGUAAAAAAAGCCUAGAAAAUUUGCAAUUAAAAGAGCUUUUAUGUGACUUUGAGUAUGCUUGCCGAGUUUUUGAAGAAAAAUUACUUGAGGAUUUAAUAGAAUAUAGCAAUGCUGAUCUGCCUAAAGGAAUGUAUUAA